AUGUCUCAGCGGGAGAAGACACGCUUCGGACAAGCUAAAUACACCCCCCGGGCUGGGUUUUCUGGAAUCCCCCCACGAGCAUCGCCCAGCAUCUCGGAUGCUGACAGAAGACACAGAACGGAGAGUUGUAACGGGCAGGCCUGCCUAUUAAAUUCUGUUGAUGCAGACCUCACAUUUUCCUGGCUGCAGCUCCUGCGGUUACGGGGUAGCGUGCGAGAAGCCAAGUUCCUCAUCUCGGAGGGUGACCAGGAGCGGCUGCCAUGCCCGGCCGAGUGCCCCCCCCACGAACACGGCCGCCUCCUGUGUGCCUCCGACGGGAAGUUUUACGCGUCGCCCUGCGCCUUCCAGGAAGCCAGGUGUGAACGUCCCAAUCUGCAGGUGUGGCCUCGUUUCCGCUGCAGAGGAGCUGCCCAGCGGGAUAACAACAGUGCCAAUCUGACUCGUUGCCAAGAAGACCGAGCGGCUGCCCUCGCCAAAUCCCGGCGCCAGAGCCACGCCCUGUACGUGCCCGAAUGUAGUGAGAACGGCGCCUUCCUGGAGGUCCAGUGCCAUAAACAGACCGGGUAUUGUUGGUGCUCUACCCCGGAAGGCAAGCCCAUCGCGGGAACGUCUGCCCUGAACCAAGCGCCCAAUUGCACAGGAAUGGAUUCAGCGGGAACUUCAUGGCAAGAUGCCCAUUCUUCUAAGCGAGAGGAAGGCGUCGCCCCCCGGCCUACUCAGCCAAGCCCCGGGCCCCACAGGCAGCCAGAAGGCACCACCCUGCCUUUCCUGAUUCCCAUCAUCCUUCCGGAUUUCAAGACCAACCACACGGCGAAACCGGCUCAAGAAUACCCGCCGUCAUGCGAACAGGAACGGCGGGAAGCCAUCCACCAGGCCCGCCAGCACCAACAGGAGGGCACCUUCAUCCCGGAGUGCGAAGGCGAUGGCACCUACAAGGAGGUGCAGUGUCACCAAGCCACAGGCUACUGCUGGUGCGUGCGAGUGGUCAGCGGCCGGCCCAUCCCAGGGACCUCCACCCGAAACUUUCCCCCGGACUGCGAAGCUGAUACGGCAACCAAGAGCACGGAAAUAGGGUCCCUGUUCCGAGAUCGUAUCCUGCCAGGUUGUCCCGGGUCAAAGAAAACACAGUUCCUUACCCAACUGAUCAAAGCCUUGAGUUCCCACAUGCUGCAGUCGAGGCUGAUGACCAUUCCGUACCGCAGGUUUCCGGAUUCCUUGGCGGCCCCCAGCCUGGAAGACCGGGCCGUGCGCUGGCAGUUCACCCACUUGGACCGAGACUUCAGCAACGGCCUGAGCGAGAGGGAGCUCCGUCCCUUCAAGCUGUACAUGAAGCAAAACGCCCGGCCCAAACGUUGCGUCCGGAAGUUCCUGGAUUACUGCGAUCUCAGCGGCAACAAGUUGAUCUCACUGCCCGAAUUCAGAGGCUGUUUGGGGCUCAGCUAACCCUCCGGUUUUCUCUCCCCAAAAUGGCAAAUCUCUCUCCGUCUCUCUCUCUCUCUCUCUCUCCGAGUUCCUGCCUUCGAUUGUUGACCGACCCUCUGCACUUUAUAAAAAGGUGGACUGGAUUUUCUGCCAAGAAUUACGAGGAUUUUUUGGGGGGGGCGGCAGCAGGGAAGAAGGAGCAGAAUUGGUGACGGCAAAGCCCACCCACUCUUUUUCUUUUCCUGUUUUUGCCUCCUUUCGCUUUAAAAAUGUAGAUUAAAAAGGGGCUGCGGUAAUCCGCGGCCUUCCUAGAUUUUGUUAAUAAUAAUGAUUAUUUUAAUCCUCGCUUUAUUUGUACGGUGUCCUUGGAAAGGGAAAAAUCUGACCAGUGAUGGCCUUUCUCUGAGCGGUUUUAAAAAGAUGUAUGUUUUGGGAUAUUAUUUUUUUUAAUAAAAGGGCGAUUCGUCUUCUUAAGCCCCUGGCGCUGGGGAAAAAAUAAGCCGAAUUUUAGAACCAACUCUAGUCUUAUCUGCGUGGGCUCUUUGAAUCAAUAAAUUAUAUACAAGGAAGAAA